UUAAUUAAUUUUUUCUCAAUUUUUUUUCUAUAUUUUAAUAAUUCGACUUAACUGUAGAUUCAUCCAUUCCAUAAAGCUUGGAGUUCAAACUUCGAUUAAAGCUUAACAAUAAUAAUAAUACGAAUUGUAGUAAAAUGAGAUUUUUCUUGAUAUCUUUCUCUUAGGGAGGCUGUAAUUUGCUUGUGAAGCAUAGUAGCUAGGUAGGUUGUUAGCCAAAAGAGAGAUGCUUGGAAAUUAUUCAAAGAGGUAGUAAUCUUUAAUGAACAAAUGUACUAACAGACAAGCAUGCAACUAAUGUAUACAUAGAAAAGAUCAAUGGAGUACUAAAACUACUUAUUGCAGUUUCUCUCCUUCUCAAGUAUAAGCCAUGAAACUAGACAGAGAGAGAGAGAGAAGCAUUAUCAUUUAUGUGAAGUGGAAGCAAAAUUGUUUGUCUCAUACAUGAUGAUUACCUUAUGAGUGAAGAAAAAUGCAUCGAAAAAGACAAGAUAGAGUCAAACACAAGAACACCUACCCAUCUCUUAAUAUCAGCUUCUCUCAAAAUCAGAGGAGGUCCCCCUCCAAUCCGUUUUCCACUCUACCCAUCAACCAACAACAAGCACAAAUUCCUCUCUCUCUCUCUCUCCAUUUUCAUAUUCUAAGCAAACCCCACAAACCAUCACCAUCAUCAUCACUCUUACCACCGCAUGAAGCCUCCUCUCUCUCUACGGGAUGCAAACAUAUCAUUUAGCUAUAUAGCUUUCUCUUAUCUCCAUCAAGCAAGUUAAAAAAACAAAAAGGAAAAAGAACAAAGGUUCCACACAAGAUCCAAUCCAAAACUAUCAAUUCUAAUAGCGAUGAGAAAGCCGGAUCUAAUGGGGAAAGAUAAAGGAGUCAUGAACAAUAACAAGGCUAAGCUUAGAAAAGGGUUAUGGUCACCGGAGGAAGAUGAGAAGCUGAUCAAGUACAUGUUAACCAAUGGUCAAGGUUGCUGGAGUGAUAUUGCUAGAAAUGCUGGCUUGCAAAGGUGUGGAAAGAGUUGUCGUCUUCGUUGGAUUAACUAUUUGAGACCUGAUCUCAAGAGAGGUGCUUUUUCUUCUCAAGAAGAAGAGCUUAUAAUCAGUUUGCAUUCCAUUCUUGGCAACAGAUGGUCUCAAAUUGCGGCUCGUCUUCCUGGAAGGACAGACAACGAAAUAAAGAAUUUUUGGAACUCCACAUUGAAGAAAAGACUCAAGAUUAAUAAUAAUAAUCCUUCCACAAGCUCACCGAAUAAUGAUAGUGAUUCCUCAGAGCCAAGAGAUCAUGUCAUAGGAAAUAUCAUGCCCAUGCACAAGGAUGAUCUUGACCUAAUCACCAUGUGCAUGGACUCAUCUUCUUCAUCAUCAGCAUCCAUACAACCCAUGGUCGGCGCCGGUGGUGGCAACCAGUUCGAUCCUUUCUUUAUCCUUAAUAAUAAUCAGCUUGAUUUCACCGGGGCCGCUGCUCUAUUUGACAUGUCUACAUGCUUAAAUCAGGUGGGUAUGGGAGAUGGAUUUUACGGUGAUUGUGGGAUUUUAGAGAGUCAUCAUAAUGAGAUUGGGAUUGAAAGGGACCUCUGUGUUCCUCCACUAGAGAUCUGUAGUAGAAGUAUUGACGAAGAAGAGGAGAAGAAGACGAAUAAUAAUGCUGUAACUAAUCACAGCAUUAUUAACAACAAUAACAUCAUCAACAACCAUUUAAACAAUAAUAAUUCUUGCUUCAAUAACACUGAUCAUCAUCUUCAUCAUCAGAACUUCAAAGUAGAGGACAUGUUUGGGUUUGAAAAUCAUUGGCAAGGAGACAACUUACGAAUGGGAGAAUGGGAUUUGGAGGGUUUAAUGGAUAACAUUUCUUCCUUCCCAUUCCUUGAUUUCCAAGUUCAAUAAACCUGCCACCCUUUGAGCUUUCUCUCUCUCGCUCUUUCUAUCCAAUAUCUUUUUCUUCUCUUAAGCCAAGAAUGUCCUAGGAAAUUCUUGGGCAUGCAAUUCCUUUUCAAAAUCAGCUGAACGCUACUGCAGCCUUUCUUCUUAAUAUCUCUGAACCUUUCUUUCUCAGCCAUACAUGUUUAUCUUUGUUUCUUUUAUACUAUUUCUUUAAUUUCUUUGUUGUUGGUCAGAUGAUGAGUCUGCAAUAAAGUAUUGAGCAAUGGUGAAGACAUAUAUAUAUAUAUACUUAGGGUGGGUAGAGAGAUUCUUGUAAGACAAUGGAGUAUUAGUUUCAUUUUCUUUGUGAGAGUCUAAGCCUUGGAUUCAUGUGUUGGAAUGGAUUGGUGCAAUAACCAUCCUUCCUAUGAAGGGAAAUGUGAAUAGUAUAGAAGAGAAAGUGGGUGUAAGAAAAUAAAAGAUUAGUUGGUGAUCCCAAAUUAUAGUUAAUUCCGUGUACAAACAAGAAAAAUAAUGAAGAUCUCCAUGUUGUUUUUAGUUGGAGUUACAAGGAUACAAUACACAUCUUGUAAACAUUGAUUAAUAAGAAAUUUCAUUCAAUUACUC